GGAUAAGGCUUUCCCCUUCCUCCCACUCUGACUCUGUCUUCUUCGGCCUCUUCCUACCGGUGACGCAAUUCCUGUGGCCGCCGACGACCACUGUACUUCUGCAACGACCGUAGUUUCUCUCUGUACCAACAAAGCUCUCUUUGAAGAAUCUCUAAUGGCCUCUAUGCCAUCUGCUUCCUUCUCCUCGCCCUGCAGACAAGCCUCAGAGAGAAGGCGGUCCUUUGCCGGCCUGUGCUCCUCCUCCGUCACCGCUCUCCGUGGAUCGCGAUUCGAAGUUCGUAAGAUAAGCAAACGGAUGGUCUUCAGCUGCGUGCCGGCCGCCGCAAGCUAUGUGCCGCCCACUGUAUCAGAGACGAAAUUGAGUUUUCUCAAAGCAUACAAACGACCAAUUCCAAGCAUAUACAACACUGUGUUGCAGGAGCUUCUUGUGCAGCAACAUCUGAUGAGAUACAAAAAGACUUAUCAGUAUGAUGCUGUCUUUGCCCUUGGCUUUGUAACCGUAUAUGAACAGCUGAUGGAAGGGUAUCCGAGCAGUGAGGAUAGAGAUACCAUCUUCCGGUCAUAUAUCACGGCUUUGAAGGAGGAUCCUGAACAGUACAGAAUUGAUGCAAAGAAAUUGGAAGAGUGGGCAUCAUCUCAAACUCCUUCUUCUUUGGUAGAUUUUGCCUCUAGGGAAGGAGAAGUGGAAGCCAUUUUGAAAGACAUCUCAGAGCGAGCACAGGGCAAUGGAAAUUUUAGCUAUAGUCGUUUCUUUGCAAUUGGACUGUUCCGUUUGCUUGAGCUGGCAAAUGCAACUGAACCUGCAGUGCUCGAAAAGCUCUGUGCUGCAUUGCAUAUAAAUAAGCCUAGUGUUGACAGAGAUCUUGAUGUAUACCGCAAUCUUUUGUCCAAAUUAGUACAAGCCAAGGAGCUUUUGAAGGAAUAUGUUGACAGAGAAAAGAAGAAAAGAGAAGAUAGAUCAGCAUCUCAAAAGGCUAAUGAGGCCAUCACGCAGUUCGUGGGAGAUAUUUCUGUCUUUUGAGCAUUGACUUUGCUGCAUCACACCAGAAACCAGGCCGUAGCUAGUUCUUGUUUGAAAGAAGCUUAAGCCUGAUCAGUACUUUUCUAAUUGUUUGUAGAAGUAGCUCCAAGUUACUAGGAUUGUGUAUGCGGCUAGAAUGAGCAAGCUUCAGAAGUGUCAUCUGCUUGAUUUAUUUUGCUUAAUAAUAUUGAUAAGCUCUUCCUGGAUAUUCAGUCUGCUCAUUGUCACUGAAAGAGUAUUCAAACGACUUGGUGGUCGAGAUGAGCAAAACUAUAAACUUUUCUUUUAGUUCCCUCCUCUCCUAAAAACAAUGAUAUUUAUAGAAAUAAAUAUGAUUGUGAUUGCAAUCAAA